AUGGCACCUGCGUAUGCUUUAGAUGCCGUUGAUAGAUUGCUACAAGAUUUAAUGAAUAGCAAAGAACCGUUCGGCAAUAAAUUAAUUCUUUGUGGUGGUGAUUUUCGUCAAAUUUUACCUAUUGUUGUUCGAGGUAGUCGAGUGGAUAUCGUUUUGCGUUGUGUAAAAAAUUCCAAAGUUUGGAAAUAUUGUCAAACUCGUAAAUUGUCCCAAAACAUGCGGACAGGUACAGAUGAAAUUGAAUUUGCCAAUUGGUUAAAAAAGUUGGGUGAUGGUGAAUUGGAAAUAAAUUCUGAUAUUUCUCAAUAUGCUGUUCAAAUUCCAUCAGAAUGUGUGCUUGGUGAAAAUGACGAUAUUGUGAGUUUUGUUUAUGGUAAUGAAGCGUUGUCAACUGAUAAUAUUAAAAAAUUUAUUAAUUCUGUGAUAUUGUGUCCCAAGAAUGAUAGUUGUGCUGUAAUUAAUGGAAAAGUAUUAGAUAAGUUAGCAGGACAACUUAAAUCAUAUUGUAGCGCAGAUAGUAUUAUUCUGGAAGGUGAUGAAAAAAUUGAAGAAUAUUCUUUAGAAUUUAUCAAUAGUUUAACUCCAUCAGGUUUACCUCCUCAUAAUUUACUAUUGAAGGAAGGUACGAUUGUCAUGUUAAUACGUAACCUAAAUGCAAGUCGCGGUUUAGUAAACGGUACUCGAUUGAUGAUCAAACGAAUGCACAAUAAUAGUUUAUAUUGCGAAGUGUUAACAGGGCAGCUGAGAGGAGAAACUUUAUUGAUACCUCGAAUGGAUUUGACCAGUUCAGAUUCGAGUUUGCCUUUCAUAAUAAAAAGACGUCAGUUUCCUGUGAAAGUUGCCUUCGCCAUUACUAUUAAUAAAUGUCAAGGCCAAACCUUUGACAAAGUAGGGUUAUAUUUGCCUGACGUGGUGUUUUCACAUGGACAACUGUACGUUGCAUUUUCUCGAGUUCGUCGUAAGUGUGAUAUAAAAGUUAAAAUAUGUAAAACUAGAGUACAAGGAAUAUUUUCUGUUGAUGAUCAACCGAAGAUAUAUACUUCUAACGUCGUUUUUAAAGAAGUAUUGAAUUAAUCAAAUGAUCAAUAUUCGUUUCUUUUCUUUUCUUUUUUCAAUUCUUUCCUUAUUGAACCAUUUUUUUAUUUUGAUUCUGAUAUACCAAAGUAACAUGUUCAAACAUCUCUUGCAUAUGAUUUCAGUUCAGCAUAUUUCAUUCGAGAAAUUCAUUACACCUUAAAAUGAUUUUUUUUAGCAAAAAUUUGAAAACAGCAACUUUCUGUUCAUAACCACGGCUGUUGAAACGAAAGAAAUGAAAUGAUUACUUUCAGAGAUGUUGAAACUUGAAACUGAAACGAAAUUAAUAAAAAAAAAAAAUUGAACAAAACAAAACAAAUCAUUUUUGAAUUUUUUUUGUUUCUUCAAUUUUGGCUUUUUGUGGUAAGGUUUUUAGUAAAUUUUGGCAAAAUUUUGACAAAUUUCACCCAUCUGCAGUUUUUUUUCGGUAUUUUUUAAUAAAAAAUGAAAACUCUGAAAUCCAAUUUGAUUUCAUUCAGAAUGGAGAAGACACACAGAAGGUAUAAUCCUGAAAUUGAAAUCAAUUAAAACCACUUUUCUCAUAAUUUUUUUGUUUUUUUCACUGCAAUGAAAUGCAAUGAAAUGAAACAAAACAAAACAACUUUUUCACAAUGGAACAAAGUGGUAUAACGAAACAGCUCAGUUCAAAGAACAAAAUUAAACAGAACGUUUUUGCAUCAUUGCAAACAGCCCUGUUCAUAACACAUAAAUACAACAUAAUCACGAUGUUUUCAAUUUUUUAAUAUCAUGUCAUUUCAUUUUUAUAAAAAUUUCAUUUACAUCAUACAAAAUUACAAAAAAAAACCAUAAAAUUGAAAAUUUGAAACUUUUGUAUUUCAAUUUUUUCUGAAAAGUUAUGUUUAUGAUAAAUUUUUCAGCAACAUUGCAAAAAUUUUUUUUUUAAAAACUGAAUUUCAUUAUUGUUCAGUUAUGUUUCGUUUAUUCUUUCAUUCACGGCUGUGCAAACAAAAUGAAACGAUUAUUUUCAGGGAUGUUCAAAUGAAACCAAACCAAAUGAAAUGAAUAAAAAAAUUGAACGGAAGUUAAUGUUAUAACAAAACGAAUCAUUUACAAUUUAAAGUUUAAAAUUUUUUCAAUUUUCUGAUUUGCAAUUUUCAUGACACUUUCUUUGUAAAUUUUUACCACAUUUUCUCAAGUUUACUAAAAUUUCAUCCAUAUACACUAUCUACAGGUUUUCUCUUUUGCAUUUCUACAAGUUUUAAUUUUAAAUGAUUCGUUUCAUCAUAUUAACGUUUUAGUUCCUUCCGUUCAAUUUUUUUAUUCAUUUUGUUUGGUUUAGUUUGGUUUCAACAUUCCUGAAAAUAAUCGUUUCGUUUCGUUUCCACGCCUCUGAACCAAACAAACAAUAAAACAUAACUCAACAAAAAUAAAAUUCAAUUUCUCCAAAAAAAAAAAAUACACUUUUGCAAUGUUGCUAAAAAAUUUAAUAUUACACAAUUUUUCAACAAAAAUUAAAAUACAAAAGUUUUAUUUUUUUUUAUCUUUUGUAUGAUGUAAAUAGAAUAAUUCUUCU